UGUAGUGUGUGACAGCUGCUUGGUCGUGUUUUGUUUACCAUUUUCAUCGAAUCUGGUGUGGAUUUCAACGUAAUCAAGCGAAUGAAAUGACACUGGCCGACACAAAAACAAGAUGUCCCGGACUUUAUUGUGGUCGACAAUUUACGGGCUCAAUAAAUGGAUCGAUUGCUUGGAAUGAGGUGCCUUGUGGUGCAUGCCCAAGAGGUUAUCGUGUCAAUAUUAUGAGUGAAUACAGUCAGUGUAUGGCAUGUGAAAACAAUCCAUCCACAUAUGAUUGGUUGUAUUUGGGAUUCAUGUCAAUGCUGCCUCUGAUUUUGCAUUGGUUUUUCAUCGAUUUGGCGGCAAAGGAACGAUGUUUCACAAAAGGCGAAAUCAUCGUGCAUCUCAGCGCAUUCUUUGAAGUCCUUAUAUCAGCUACAAUAACAUUAUUGAUAUACGAACCGUAUUGGUCACUGCAAAUUCAUUCAUGUACCGUAAAUCGUUUGUCAGAUUGGUACACAUUAUUUCAUAAUCCAACACCAAACUAUGAGAAAAAAUUGUAUUGCACACAAGAAGCGGUCUAUCCAUUGCAAACGAUGGUCUUAGUAUUUUAUUUGCUGUGCAUUGUUUUGAUGAUGCUUGUUCGGCCCACACUCAAUGCAUACUUUUUAAAGAAAGGCAAGAUGGCAGUUUAUAGUGCAUUGUAUUUCAUUCCAAUAUUGGCACUUUUUCAUACAAUCAUUGGUGGACUCAUAUACUAUGCCUUUCCAUAUUUGAGUAUAAUCAUAUCGAUGAUAUCAAAUGCAGCUCAUUUUUCAAUGAAACUCGAUCAAAGUAUGAAAUCGUUAUUUUUAACAUCAAUUACAGAGACAAAGAAUUGCAUAAUAAUUGUUGGACAUUGGUUGAUAUUGGCCUAUGGAAUAAUGUCAUUAACAGCAAGCAAUGUGAUUUUACUCGUAAUGGUGCCGCUUCCCGCUCUCUUUUAUAUAUUCACUGUGAAAUUCACCGAUCCGUCAGGAUAUCGGGAUCGAGAUGACCGAAAUCAUUAAUUUAUAUCAUAUAUUUUUUAUGUUAUGUUAAGUUUUGUGAAAUUAAGAAAUUCAACAAAAAUGAACGAAAUCAAAUUAAUUUGAAAAUAAAAGUAAAAAAGAAAACA